AUCACUAGUAAUAAAUUGGGCGCAACUGUCGUGUAAUUCUUGCUUUGGUGAGAGGAGACAAUGACAAUCGACGACAACAGCUCCAUAUACGUGGGCGGCCUCCCGUACGACAUCACCGAGGAGAACCUUCGCAGAGUAUUCGACAUAUACGGCGCUGUUCUUGCCGUCAAGAUAAUCAAUGACCGUUCGGUUGGGGGAAAAUGCUAUGGAUUUGUCACAUUUGCUAAUCCUAGAUCAGCAAUGCAAGCCAUCAAAGAAAUGGAUGGCAAGACCAUUGAUGGACGAGUCGUUAAGGUGAAUGAAGUGAGAACUAGGGGUGGAAGACCUAACUUUAACCAGGAGAGUUCUCGACAUGACUUGGAGAGGAGUAUUGAUGGUGAGAGUGGUAGAGAUCGAGGAAGAGAUGAUAGUUAUGAUAGGCAACGCCAUCAGGAGGGACACUGGGAAAGGCCUCAGGACCAUGACCAAAACAGAGAGAGAGGUCAUGAACGUAGACGUGGUCAUGAUCGUACAAGGGAUCGAUACGUGGAUGCAGAUAGGUUUCGGUAUUAUAAUAGACAUCUGGAUGAUGUUGAGCAGGAGCAUGGGAGAAAGCGUGAGCGUGAAUGGGAAAGAGACAGUGAUAAACAAAUCGAGCAACAGAGGAACAACAGUCAUCAUAAAAGUGGAGAUAAGGAUAAACAUCAACAGCUCCACUUACUGAAUAGGUCCAGAUUUGACGAAGGUGGGAGCAGAGAGCUUUCGUUGGAGUCAUUCAAUGAUGACCAGGAUCAGGGUGAAAGCAAAUUAGCAGUUUCAAGUCAAAAGCUUGAAGAACUUCGUAAAGAGAUAUCUCGGAUGGAAGAAUUGGUUGCAGACAAACAAGAAGUUGUUUCUAAAUUACAGGAAAAAUACCAGAAAUUGGAGGAUUCAUUAAUCUCAGCUAAAAAGCUUACUUCUCAUCGACACAUACAAUUAGCCAAGUUACAUAAAUGUUAUCUGCAAAUAAGAGACUAUGAUGAGAGAUCCAAAAAAUCGGAACAAGAACUCCAGUGGCUGGUAGAUUCUACCAUGAUUGAGCUGGGAAAUGAUGGUGGAGGCAUAAGUGAUGGGAUACUGACAAAUGGGAGAGCUUGACAUAAUGUUGGAAGUUUCUGCCAUUGUAACGUUACCUAUUAGUCCCCUCUUGUUUUUCUUUCCUUUUAUUCAAGACGUACCUUCUUGUUGUUAAGCUUACAUAUGCAGAAAAUUACAAUUGAAAAAUAUGUGUUUGUGAAUCAAUUUUUACCAUAUUGGUCCUCCUUUUAUCAGAUCCAUACCUUCUUUCUC